CGCCAGCCUCGGCCGCGGCCGCCUGCGGGCCGGGUCCCCCCCCCCCCUCCCCUCACCCGGCUCCCCUCAGCCCGGUCCCCGCCAUGCCGUGCCGGCCGCUGCCCAGCUCGGCGGGCGGCCCCAAGGAGGUGGAGGCGCUGGUGGCCAAGCUGGGCGAGGUGCUGCAGCUGAGCGCCCAGCAGCGGGCUCCCCGCGGCUGCAAGCACCCGGGGCCGGGCAGCGCCCGAGACCGCGCCGCGCCCUACUCGCCCCGCUGCGGAGCAGGAGCAGGAGCAGGAGCAGGAGGAGGAGGAGGAGGAGGGGGAGGAAGCGGAGGCAGCAGCGGCAGCAGCAGCAGCGGGGCUCCCGUGGAGCCGCCGCCGCCCCCCCCGCGGCUGGCCGGCAGCGGGAGGCCGCCCCGCGGGGCCAAGCAGCUGUGCGGCCGCGGCUGGCUGCGGGGAGCCGCCCGGCGGAGCCAGGAGCCCCGGCGGCAGCAGCAGCAGCAGCAGCAGAGGCAGCAGCAUCGGGCGGCGGAGGGGCCGGCGGAUGGGCAGGCGGAGGAUGAGGCCGGCGACGACCCGCACCGGCUCCUGCAGCAGCUCAUCCUGUCCGGGAACCUGAUCAAGGAGGCCGUGCGGCGGCUGCAGCUGGCGGUGGUGGCUUCCAACUCUUCCUCGGCCGCUUCGUCCUCGGCUUCCUCGGCCUCGGCGGCCAGCGGAGGGGACGGCGAGGCGCUGCGGGCCCUGCAGUAGCUCCCUCACCCCCCUCAGGGCGAGCUGGGCUGCAGGAGAAGCCGCCAGCGGGGGACUGGGGGGCUUGGGGUGAAGCCCUGAGCCCCCCUUCCUCCUCCUCUUCCUCCUCACCUUCCUCCUCCUCCUCCUCUCCCCCAAAAUCCCGGGGUCCCGCUCCGGCCAGAGCCAUCUGCAAUAAUCCCGUGUGGAAACCCUAUGGAAAGAGGGGGAGGGGGUGCCCAGCUCCCUCCCCCGAGUGUUGGCCGGGUGUUGUUGUUAUUUUUUAAUUUUAUUUUAAAUAUUUUUUUUCCCUUCUUUCCCAUCGUGACUGUAUGAAGCAGUUGUUUUUUUUUAAAAAAAAUGUGAAUAUCGGAGCUGGAAGGCAGCUGGACUUAUAAUUGUGACGCCUGAGGAGUGAAUGGAGCCUGAGAUGCAUUGUUCGCCUAAGGUAGCCGAAACAAGUUCUUUUUUUCUACAAAAAAAAAGAAGAAAAAACAACCUCAGAAAACAAAUCCACCCCUCCCCGGCAAACUCAAUGGCUCAACUACAAGAUGCAGCUGUUGAUUAAAUAUAUGCACUUCGUACCGGAGCGUUUGAAAUGUUGUGCCUGAUUUACAGGACUUACUGUCUUAAUUAACCUGUCUGUAUUGAAUAAACGUGGUCUUGUUUUUA